AUAUUGGCAUCAACCUGACUGAUCCUGUAUUCAGAGGAAUUUAUAGAGGAGUUCAAAAGCAUCAAGAUGACUUACAGGAUGUAGUACAGAGAGCUGUCCAGAUUGGUGUUAAAAAGUUUAUGAUUACAGGUGGAAAUCUCCAAGACAGUAAAGAUGCUCUGCAUUUGGCACAAACAAAUGGUAUCCUCAUAUUACUUUUACAAAAAAAUUCGAAUUAAGUUAUUUUGAAGAAGUCUUUCUGAAAACUGCUUUCAGAUAUGUUCUUUAGUACCGUUGGAUGCCAUCCUACAAGAUGUGAUGAGUUUGAAAAGAAUGAUCCUGAUCAUUACUUAAUGGAGUUGCUGAAUCUUGCUGAGAACAACAAGGGGAAAGUUGUGGCAAUAGGGGAAUGUGGGCUCGAUUUCGACCGACUACAGUUUUGUCCGAAAGAUACUCAGCUCAAAUAUUUUGAAAAACAGUUUGAACUGUCAGAACAGACAAAACUACCAAUGUUUCUUCACUGUCGAAAUUCACACGAUGAAUUUUUGGACAUAAUGAAGAGAAACAGAGAUAGGUGUGUUGGGGGAGUGGUGCAUUCAUUUGAUGGGACCAAGGAGGCUGCAGCUGCUUUGAUUGACUUAGAUCUCUAUAUAGGAUUUAAUGGUUGUUCACUGAAAACUGAGGCUAAUUUGGAAGUUUUGAAGUCCAUACCUACUGAAAAACUAAUGAUUGAAACAGAUGCACCAUGGUGUGGAGUCAAAAGUACGCAUGCUGGAUCAAAGUAUAUAAAAACCUCCUUUCCUACCAAAAAGAAGUGGGAACAUGGGCACUGUUUAAAAGACAGAAAUGAACCCUGCCAUAUCAUUCAAAUACUGGAGAUUAUGUCAGCAGUGAGAGAUGAGGAUCCUCUGGAAUUAGCCAAUACACUUUAUAACAACACUAUUAAAGUAUUUUUUCCUGACAUAUAAUUGACAUAUCUACUUCCCAUCAUGUAUAUACAAUAAAGGAAUUCUUUGGAAUGAG